GCCAAUCCUUUUAGUCCAUUUUUUUUUUCAAAAAUCUCUUCUCAAGAAAAAAAAAUUAUAAUAAUAAUAAUAAUUAUGGGAAGAGCUCCAUGUUGUGAUAAAGCAAAUGUGAAGAAAGGGCCAUGGUCACCAGAAGAAGAUGCAAAAUUAAAAGAAUAUAUUGACAAAUUUGGCACUGGUGGAAAUUGGAUUGCUCUUCCACAAAAAGCUGGGCUAAGAAGAUGUGGAAAAAGCUGUCGAUUAAGAUGGUUAAAUUAUCUUAGGCCAAAUAUUAAACACGGAGAGUUUUCAGACGAAGAAGACAGAAUCAUUUGCAGCCUUUAUGCUAACAUUGGAAGCAGGUGGUCAAUCAUAGCAGCUCAAUUACCAGGCAGGACAGAUAAUGAUAUCAAAAACUAUUGGAACACGAAGCUGAAGAAGAAAUUAAUGGGAUUUGUCUCUUCAUCUCACAAGAUUAGGCCUCUUAAUCACCAUGAUUAUCACCACCAAAUUCCCACUAAUUGUUACAAUAAUUAUUCCUCACUUGUUCAAGCUUCAUCUUUAUUAAUCUCAUCAAAUUAUCCCAACAACACAACUUUCCCAUGCUAUGAAACAAAUAUUCCUAGUACAACCCCAUCAAGUACAAGUUUCUUAAGCGCGGGUGCAUCUACUAGUUGUACCUCAGGCAUUACUGCUAGUACUUUCGCGGGUCGUACUACCUCUUCUGAUGAGAGUUAUGACAUUUCGAAUUUUAAUUUUCAUAGCUAUAUGUAUAAUAACAAUGGUGUUAUUAGUGAAGGAGAAAAGUUGAUUAGUGGAAAUAAUGCUAGUGGUUGUUAUGUUGAUGAGCAACAAAAUCCAUUAGAUUAUAGUAGCUUGGAGGAGAUUAAGGAUCUAAUUAGCACUAAUCAUGGUACUUGUAAUAGCACUAGCUUUUUGCUUGAUCAUGAGAUCAAGACAGAAGAAAAAGUCAUCAUGUACUAUUGAUGGACAAAUAUAAGAACAUUUUUCAAUUUGGAAA